CUGAGAGUUCGACAGAGAGAAUUCGACCAUUUUGAGGAAGGCAUUGCUGAUGCCACAAGAGGCAAAUGCUGUAUCUUUGUGAAUGGGGUGAUCGCAGGGGAAAAUGCUUAGAGUACAUUAUAUGAGGACCUUUGUUUGGUUGGCGAGUGUCACGAUAAUUUUAGCACCGAAAUGCUUUAGAUCGACGGCCGCUCUAUCGACUACACCAUCCACAUCCACAAAAAUACGGGCAAUUCCAUUUCGAGACUUUCAAUUUGCGCCGAACCAUGUCUGUACGUAUCCUCAAUAUUUUGUGACACCAGGGGAAAAAGAUGGCAGGGAAAUCUUUAAGUACUUUACGAUGAGAAACGUAGCAGGCGACGGCGAUUGUAUGUUCCUAGCUGUUGCUCUAGCUUCCGCCACGUCAAUGGGACUUGGUGGAAGCGAUAAGUUGUUGAGAGCAAUUUCGAUAGAGACAAGAGACAUUGUGGCACAAGUGUUAUCAUCAACAGGGAAGCUUUAUAUCGGGAAAGACAACAUCGUCGAUGCUUCCAGAUUACUGGAAUCGGCUACGAUGCAAGAGCCGUCAACAAACACGACCGAAGACUAUCUUGCAGCUCUUAGGAAAGAAGGCCGAUCUGGUGGUUUAUACGGAGGAGGGCCCGAGCUUGUUGCGUUAUCAAACAUAUUGAGACGGCCAAUAAGUACAUACGAGGUUGACCAGGACUACCUUAAUCAACAAGAGUCAAUGGGGGACGAUACAUCAUCGGAGGUAUUUUUCCCCAUCGUAUGCAAGGGCUCUUUCGGAGACGGAGUCUUCGAGGAUCCUUGUAUAACUUCAAUUCCUGACUCAGUCAUUGUGUCAAAUAUCCAGCCGGGUGCGUAUUCAUGGAGACUACAUAUUCUCGUUUUAGAUGCGUCGCCAACGGAAAAACACGCAUGUGUUUUGUUACCUCAACAAAUAUAUGAUUAAAUUGGAUGGUCAUGCCUAUUUCACCCAAAGAGGGGACAGACUUUAUAUGCUGUUCCAUCAUUAGCGAGGCUCCAUAAAAUCAUAGCAUAGUGAUGAAUGAUCGUGGGGCGAGCCAAAAGUUUUUUUUUAUAACUUGAUUUUAGAUUAAAGGAAAAGGACCUAAAAGGAAAGAGAUUUGGAUCCUUGUCGCAACAAUGAAUCAGAAGAAGAAAAGCUAGCGGUGUAUGGAGUCACAGAAACGGGAAUUCUACCACAAGAAUCGACAAUGUGUCCUUUUGUCUACAUAUGGUGUACGAUUCUGUUGCAAGAGACCUAUUUCCCCGCUUCGGAGUCAAGAUACAUCUCAGAAUUUUCGAUACGAGAGACGAGGGAUUUUUUACUUGGGUCCAAGUAUUUUAAAUUCCAAUCUAAUUGCCUUUUCACUCAGCUUCAUUACCUUUAAGUUGUUUUGGGUUAAACUAAAUGUAACGGUUUACACUUCAGCUUGCUGAGGAUAGAAUAUCGUACUCUUGUCCAGAAGCAAAUUCUCAAUCGGUUCGUUAAUGCCUGGAACGAAACCAAAUCUGAAUAGAGAUGAAUACGAAAUAAGUAUGUCAGAGGUGAGUGUAUACCCAAACCAGAAGCUUCUUGUGAGCGUUAAAAUCGUUCUCAAACAUUGUCGUACCUAGUAAAGAAUCGAGAAUAUGGCAUGGCCUCGUCUUCUUCUGAUCGGUAUUGGUUCCAUAGUUCAGACCCAGCGGCAAUAUCGAGUCGUGCUCGUACUUCAACAACAGAAUCUCCAUCACUGUCAUUUAAAACAACUCUGUGCCUCACAUUCGGUGUGUCUGAGUGUUGCAACAGAUCUAAAAGUGGCACCAACUUUUCACAUCCCUCUUCUUCCGUGCUAUCGUCAUCUUGGAAACUACGGGUCAGAAGCGUGACAAAAGCCCCUUUAAUAGCAUCCGCUACAAGCUUAUCGUCAAUAGAAUCCGGUGCAUCUUCGCCCUGUUUACUUUGUUGCCACGGAAGCAAACUUGAUAGCCGUUCAAGGGCAUUUGUUGUUGCAGAUUCCUCUCCUCGAGCUACACGAACAGAUUUCUUUAAGAUCGGCCCCAAAACCCUAAUAGAAAGGGCCACUUCCUCUCUCAAACUUCUGGCCUCUUGGUAACAAAGAGAUCCCUGUAGCAAAUCUUCUAUCUUUUUGUUAUUCCAAAAUAGGAUAUGCUCUUGGUUGUUGAUACCACGUUCCCAUGGCAACAGGGCCAAAUAUGGUCCCCAGCGACUGCUAUUUUUUUUGGUCUCGCCUUUCUUUCUGUCAUCUUCUUCCAAACAAGUCAAAAUAUAAUCUUUUGCUAAAUAGCCCGCCAUAGCGACAGUUAUGCCACCUGGUCCGGCUUUUUCGAUAAGGGCUUCAAGGGCUUCUCCCAAAACACCCUCGUCAUCAUCCGAUGAUGUGGCCUUUUCUAUCGUCACACAUAGGCUGCGAGGUAUAGAAAACAACAGUUCGUCUUGUUCAGUUGGACGAUUGACAAACAGUCCAUAUCCUGCUUGCUCUCCUUGAGAGGAUUGCCGAAUUUCCAAAGAUUCAUUGACAGUUGCCCCAUUGGACUUCAGCCAGGACAAUAGGGCUGUGUAUUUCUCUUGUUCCACUGGUCGACCGACAAGAAGAUUAUAUCCUGCGCUUGAAUCUUGGACAUCGCUCAUGGUAGAAGUCCCAUCGUUUUUCAAGACAGGUAGAGUCCGUUGCGGAAGUCCCGAAUUUCGAUUCAAACACGACGAUGACUGGAUCGACAGUCCAUGUAAACCAUGACCAUUUUUGGGACUGAUAUUGUUGCCUCGUCUACUCGCCACGAAGAAGGCCAGAGUCGACAAAAGCGAGUUCGCUGCACCGAAAAACAUGAUGCUCGGAAUAAUGAAGUAGUGAACGGAGUCGUAGAUGUAGUUUGCGACCAACUCGUGAAACCGAAGAGUUCGAGUACAUCAUUCUACUGUAGUACGUAACGGGACGAUUAGGUAUUGUACAUACUUGUUGAUCUCUUCAGCAUUUGAAGAUUUUUUCGUCAUCCGAACAACAAUUCACUAAUCUUUGAUGCCACGUGGAGGCUUAUACUUGGGAAUACGAGGAAAGUAAUUCCCGAAUCGCUCGUGAAUAACCACUCUUCAUUGUGAACAUUGUUGUUUUUGUACGUUCGAUGCGGUACGUACCGUACGUACCAUCACUCGUACCACGCGAUAGAGCAUACCGUAGUAUCCUUUAUCAUUUCACUGGUUACGAGCAACAAAGGACAUACACCGUAUCUCUCAUCAGCCAACUUCAUCAAACUAAUAACGACAACAAGGAGACGGAUAUGCUUUUGUCACAGCAAAUUGAGCAUGCGUGCGUGCUCCUGAUCUUGUGGAACCUAGUUGUAGCCUGUACAGACCAUAUCAAGUUGCACAUGUUAGCGAUUCACCAAAGGAUAUCUUCUAGAAUUGAAAAAUUAUGACGUUUGUGACCUGUUUGUUACCUUGAGCUAUAGGUGAAUGUAUUGGAAAUCAAUACAAAACAAAAUCGAAGAGUUGGAAGUAAUGAUUUUCCUUGUUCACCUUUAUUUCGAUUUCGUACUGUGCGUUUGAAUUAGCUGUAAAGCGAAAUCCAUUCUCACCACCAAGAAUCACAGAACCGUUGCCAAUGUUUUUCACCGUUGUGACGUACUGAUUGUUUAUUUUCAUCUCCCAAUUUUUUUCUGCGUGGUCUUCUUCUGGUAACAAAAACCCUUUCGGGCACUUGCCCCAAUCACAAACUUUCCCAUGGACAAUGAAGAUGCCUUCAUAAUGAGCUGGAUCGUAUCCAUACGCUUUUUUUUCGGCUUCGUUGGGAAACGUUAAUUUUGUCCAUCCAUCCAGAGAAUUCGUAUAGAACGAAUCUGGGUAGUCUGGUUUCACGAUAAUGCCACGGCAUUUAUCCUCCCUCUCCCUGUACAUGUCAUAGACCAGUCGCAAUUCAUUGUUUUCCGUGGCUUUCUUCGAUUCUCGAGCCUUAUCGAAGCCUAGGUAAUAAGUCUCUUCCCCGACUGGCGCUGCCUCACCUACCAUGUCAGUAUCGGUAAGAAUACCGCGGUAUCUAGUUUGGGAGGGCAGUCUUGCUGUAUGGCAAAUGCUUUUCCCCUUAAAAAAUAAAGAAAAAUCGAUUUUGGACUCACCCUCGGUGAAAGUUAGCUCGUUGAGAGCUUUAAGUAAGUUGCGGUAUGGCUUUGGUAUCUCAGCACGGAUGAAGCUGGCAUGUAAAUCUUUGUCUUCCUUUUCUAAUUGCGAUAACAGUUCCUCUGUGGCUGCAUCAUCGUAUUUAGUGAGAUCCUGAAGAGUACUGAGCAACGCAUCCAUCAAAAAGAGACCAAGCCCAUGCCCAACCAAUGCCUGGUCCUUACUUCGAAGGUUGAAGCGAUAAAUGAUGAAAUAAGUU